AGCCGAGUGCGGAAGUGUGAAUCGGCUCUCUGUGCAAGCUCUGGGGCUUCAGAUAUAUAUAUCCCAUCAACAACUUCAAACAACCUGGGAGAGAAAGAGAGAGCGAGAGACACUCUGAAGAAGGAGGACAUUAUAUAAAACAACAAAGAAGAGGAGAGAGAGAGAGCUGCAGAAAGAAAGAAAAGAUAAGAGAUGGCUAGUCGACUACCGGCGUGUGUUGUCGACUGCGGCACAGGUUACACCAAACUGGGGUAUGCAGGGAACACAGAGCCACAGUUCAUCGUUCCAUCAUGUAUCGCCAUCAAAGAGUCAGCCAAGGUUGGAGACCAGGCGCAGCGGAGGAUGAUGAAGGGGGUGGAUGACUUGGAUUUCUACAUCGGGGAUGAAGCAGUAGACAAACCUUCAUAUUCCACAAAGUGGCCAAUCCGUCAUGGGAUCGUGGAGGACUGGGAUCUCAUGGAGCGCUUCAUGGAGCAGAUCAUCUUCAAGUACCUGAGGGCCGAGCCUGAGGAUCACUACUUCCUCCUGACGGAGCCGCCUCUGAACACACCAGAAAACCGAGAGUACACAGCCGAGAUCAUGUUCGAGUCCUUCAACGUACCGGGGCUGUACAUCGCUGUGCAGGCUGUGCUCGCUCUAGCCGCCUCCUGACGUCCAGACAGGUGGGCGAGAGGACGCUGACAGGCACCGUCAUCGACAGUGGAGAUGGUGUCACCCACGUCAUCCCUGUGG